CAACCGUCCGCGUGGGGGGUUGAAACCUGCAACCUGUGUGUGAAGGUGGUGUGUUCGGCGUUGGAGAUGGAGGAGAUGGAAGACUAUACUACGUUGAGAUAUACUCCAGUCACGAGGCGAAGCCAAUCGCUCCAAGGAAGGUUUCAUGUUCUAGUAGGUUUGAUCUGCGACUCUUGCCACAUUUCCACCGUGCUGAUGAGCCCAAUAGUUCUGCUGUUUUUAGAUUGAGGCUUUAUACCAAUUGCACCAAGUGCUCAAAUGAAAUGAUGGUUCAAUAUCCCAAAAAUUCCACCGACUUUGUUUUGUCUGGCGCAACUAAAUACUCUGAGAUCAUAGAUGAGAACUCUGGGGAAAGAAGUAGGACACAGGGCGCGGAAGAGAUGAAAAACCAGAUGAAUUUGCCACAAGAUAAAAGACUGGAUUUGAAAAGGAAGAUGAGCCCACCUGUCUAUUCAGAUGACAAAGUCUAGCAAGUUGCCUUCUGGUUUAUUUUUUGGCAAUUUCUCUUUGGAUAUUAUUGUAAAAAAACAAAAUGAUGCAGUGAGAAACAACCAUGGAUAUUUGGAAAUUUUUUUUUUACGUCAAAAGACCAACC